GCAGAAGCAGGCACAAAAGAUUUCCUGAAGAAAUUGAAUACGUAUAAUGAAGUAUGUCGAGGAAUGGGCUUGAGGGGAGAUAACUGUAAAGGACGUGAAAGAGCAAUAAUCUCAUUUCAUGCCCGAAUGACAAGUGAUCAACAGAACCUCGGAAAUAAUGCCGUAGUUGUAUUUGGAAAAGUUACAGAAAAUUCUGGAUCUGCCUACAAUGGUAACGCAGGGAAAUUCACGGCACCUGAGGAUGGAAUCUACUCAUUUACAUGGACCAUUUUGACAAAACCUGGAAAGAUAUUUAUCACAAAUAUUGUUGUCAAUGAUACUAGCAAUAUCGUUGGAUACAACUAUGUCAACGGAAGGGGUGGGAGUCAUACUUUUCCAACAGGAUCCGUCACAACAAUUAUAAAAAUGAAGAAAAAUGACAAGGUCUGGAUAAGAGCGGAUGGAAAACAUGGUGAAUACGCUUAUGGUAACUGGUCCUCGUUUUCUGGUUUUAAACUGUCAUGA